ACUGCACAGGAGGGGGGGAGACAGAGAGCUCACAUAGGGAAAGGGGAGACAGAGGUGCUGUUGAGCAAGUGAGCUAACAAGCUAACUAGCUAGCUAUGCAGUAGGCUGCUAGGCAGAGAUCGAGGGACAGUGUAGAGGUGACAGUGGAGAAUGGAGAGGACUCCGUGCGCUCGGCGAGUGUUGACCGAAGAGAGGGCAAUCAAACUCGGUCUCUUCCUUUCGGAGAGAGUGUGCUGAAACUGGAUAAACACCGGGCGGAAAGGAAUGGCUGAUCCUCUGCGGAGGACUUUAUUAGCAAAACUUCGGGGGAAGAAAUCCAAGAAAGGGACGACAGCUGGUGGAUACGGCGCUGCAGCUAAUGGGGGCAGAGAAGGUAAAGAAAAAGUUUUGCAUGAGCGUGAACCACAAACUCAACCUGUAGCUAUGCUCUCAGAACUGUGCCGUGAGGCUGAGAAAAUUGGUGGUAACAAGAGUUUUAGUGACGGGGUUUCUGAACUGAAGGAUCGCCUAGUUCUGGAUAGCAGCGUAGUGGUAGAGAGUGCACUACCGCAACGCGAGGCUGCCACCAUGCACAUCAACACUAGCCGGGGGAACAAUCAGGGCAGCGCUGGCUCGGGGUUUAGGGCUCGAGUUAAUGAGGAACUCUUGGGGGUCUCACUUCAAAGAGAAAUGCAGUCCGGGGUGAAUGAUAGGGAUGAGACUGGGAGGAUUCAUAAACAUGGGCCUUACUUAAUGGAACAAGUGCCACCAGGACCGCAUGCACAGAUUAAACACUUCGUCACCAUGCCUCGCCAGUAUAGCGGUGGCGAUUCAAUUGGGUUUGGGAGCAGUCAGAGUCACAUUUUGUACCCCAGGUCCGAUGCAAACAGAGUAGUUGAAUUGACAGAUGGUCAGCAUCCUGCUUUAAAGAAUAGUGGAACAAAUGUGUGCAUUGACAAAGAUCCGAAGACUCCCAGCGACGGGGCAGACCCCUGCCUCCAAUUUAUGUUCAACGCAGAGCAUGUUGUCUCUCUGAAUGACAGAAAAGAGAAAGUGAACGAUCACCCAGACUGCAAUGGAUUAUUGGAUACAAACGUAACAACUAACAGGACAAAAAUGUAUCUGCCAAGUUUCCCUUGCACAUAUCGACCGGCGAGUAGUUACACUGAGGAAAACAUUUUGAUUAGGAAUAUUGAGAGUUACGGCAGCUCAGCCCAGUAUUCGGUAGACGCGAGAGUGCCGAAUCUUCAGAGCCCAACGUAUUUCCCCACAGAAUUGGAGAUAUGCGAAAUUAACAUGUCAUCUCUAUGUACCAGAGACGGAUCUAUCAGACAUUACUCGUUAGAUAGCGAGGACGACGAUUAUUACGAUAACGAAAUCUUACCCUUUUAUGAAACCGAAAGAGCUCUGGCAAACGAUAGAAAAACUUCAGAUAAAUUAGCACCGGAAUUGACUCAGUCAGGGACAGGUGAGCAACAUUUAACCAACAGUUCCCAGGAGACAGACAGGCUAAGGAGCCAGUUGAAAGAGGCCUAUUACUUGCUAAUAAACGCCAUGCAUGACAUUAGUUUUGACGGUCCAGUCGUUGUCAGUGGUUUUCUAGACCAGACCAGUUCCUCCAGUCAUUCUCAAGACAGCCUGUGUUCCAGGUCGUCUGCCAAGCAUGUGGACAGUGACUCUUGGUCUUCCGGGGAACACAGUCCCCAAGGGUCCGACACAGACUCCCUCAUGUUGAGUAAGAGCCAUGAGCCAUGUCUGAAGAACAGACUGAAUAGUCAAAGUCUGGUUAGCCUGUCUGCCUCAAACACCAGACCUCCCUUACUACGCUCGGCGAGUGACGGAGCGAUCAAGUACCCCGACGGACCCUGUGUCAAGGCCUUCGCUCUCCGAAGCCUGGAGGCGGGCGUGGGCGGAGAUGGAACAGCUCGGCCGGUCAGAGUCUCCGAGCUGUUGGACAGCGCCGGCAGCGACGACCCGCUUCAGGAGGAAGCGAGGCUGCGGGGGAGCAGCGGCUCGGCCAACAGCCUGACCGGGUCAUCGGACAACAGCCCGGACGCCCUCGGAAGCGGGCCGGGCGCCAACGGCGGCGGCGGCGGCGUCGCCGCGGGAGACUCGGCCAAAGCCCACGGCGUGACGGUGAACAAGAUGCAGGAGUGGAUGCACAAAGGCCGCCUGCUGUCCUCGGAGAUGAAGCAGCGGAUCCAGGGCCCCUCGCCUCGCCCCCCUGCCGCUCCCGGGGGGGUCAAGGCGAGCGCGGCGCCGCUGUCGCCGAGCCACUCAGCGCUGCAGUCAGCUCUCAUUGAGAAUGUCCACAGCUCCUAUUCAAAUGGAUGCGAGCUGGCAGGGGGAAAGGCCAUUGAUCCAUCGCCAUGGAGACCCCCGCACAACAACAUCACCGUCUCCAAGAAACGCAACUGGCUCCAGCAGAGCUCCGGGAAGCCCCACGCCUCGGACGACGUCCAGGGCCCCCCGGGAGCGGAGGAGGACGGCGGCCCCGCCCCUCGCCCUCCUCCGAGCCCCUCCCCCGAGAACCUGAGACUCCUCCGCCCGCCCCCCUCCCGCCCCCUCCGCCUCAACCUGCCCCAGGUGAGUGUGGGCCACGCGCGAGUGGCCCCCCAGCCCAGGCGUGUGGACCCGACCGAGGAGAACGACGCGGACGACGAGGGGGAGAUCUGGUACAACCCCAUCCCCGAGGACGACGAGCCCGAGCAGACGACCAGGCCCCCCGCCAGACUCCAGGUCCCCGCGACAGCCGACCCCCAGAGGAGGCCCAGCAGGGGCGGGGAGGCCGGCCGCACCCAGGAGGGCUGCAGUGUCUCCGGGCUAGAGAGCGUGGGGGAAGGCCUGGGUGGUGGUGGAGGCGGGGAUGGGAGUCAGGGAAAUGCCGUACAUUCCAUGGAGAUACAGCUGCACCGGCAGACACUCGCGUGCAAACCUCAGGAGGAGGGGCCGCCCGGCAGAGCUACAGAUAUCCCGGACACGCCCAACUCUGGAUUCUCACCCCCCUCCAGUCCCAACCCAACCAAGAAGGGGAGCUCAAUCAACUGGUCCUUCCCCGAUAAGAUCAAGUCUCCUCGCACGGUCAGGAAGCUCUCCAUGAAGAUGAAGAAGCUUCCGGAACUUAGCAGGAAGCUCAGCGUUAAAGGGACACCGAGCAACAGCAGUGGGAACGGAGGAACGAGCAGCCACUCGGAAACCCGGGUUCACUGUCCCAAACCCGGUAACCGGUCCGAACCGGCCCGGGCCCCUUCCAGACUCUUUUCAGGGGCCGGACAGGCGGCCGCGGCUAGCCGUAACGUGAUUUCCCGCUACCACCUGGACAGCAGUGUGUCCACCCAGCACAGCUACAGCAAGAAGAAAAGCAACGGGGCGUCAAAGUCCGCCAGCAAAGGGGGCUACCUUAGCGAUGGGGACUCGCCAGAACUGGUGGCCAAGUCUGGGAAGCACGGUCCGACGGAAGGGAAGGCUGGGAAGAGCAAGGAACCGGUGUCCGCUGGAGGAGAGAGGCCAGGAGGUGGUGGGGUGGGCGGGGGGAGCCCCAAGCUCCACGGCACAGAGCUGGACAUCGACGCCUUCCGCCACUACAGCUUCUCGGAGCAGCCCAAGUGCACCCAGUACAUCUCGGGCCUCAUGAGCCUGCACUUCUACGGGGCGGAGGACCUCAAACCGCCCCGCGUCGACUCGCGCGACGUCUACUGCGCCAUCCAGGUGGACUCGGUCAACAAGGCCCGCACCGCCCUCCUCACCUGCCGCACCGCCUUCCUGGGCAUGGACCACACCUUCAACAUCGAGCUGGAGAACGCCCAGCACCUGAAGCUGGUGGUGUUCAGCUGGGAGCCCACGCCCAAGAAGAACCGCGUGUGCUGCCACGGGACGGUAUCCCUGCCGGCGCUCUUCCGGGUGACGCGCUCCCACCAACUAGCGGUGAAGCUGGAGCCCAGAGGGCUGAUCUACGUCAAGCUGAACCUGAUGGAGCAGUGGCAGAACUCGCUGGACGGAGGCCCCGACAGGGACAGGGAACCCCAGGUGUUUGGGGUGGAGGCCUGGAGGGUGGUGGAGAAGGAGGCCUCGGGCCUCUCGGUGCCGCUGCUCAUCAACAAGUCCAUCACGGAGAUCGAGAAGAGAGGCUGCCAGGUUGUGGGUCUCUACCGCCUGUGCGGCUCGGCGGCGGUGAAGAAGGAGCUGAGGGAGGCCUUUGAGAGGGACAGCCACGGGGUGGAGCUGGGCGAAAACACCUACCCGGACAUCAACGUCAUCACAGGUGUGUUGAAGGACUACCUGAGGGAGCUACCCUACCCCCUCAUCACCAAGCAUCUGUACGAGGCCGUGCUGGACUCCAUAGCCAGGCGGCCUCUACGCAUCGGCCCCGGAGGCUGUGAGAAUGACCAGGGGGACACGGAGCACACCGUCAGCCUGCUGGAGAACCUUCCGGAAGUGGAGCGGGUGACCCUCCGGAAGCUUCUGAACCACCUGAAGCUGGUGGCGUCGCACCACGAGGUCAACAAGAUGACGUGCCAGAACCUUGCCGUGUGCUUUGGGCCGGUUUUGCUGAGUCAGCGCCAAGAGGCUCACUGCCACAGCAACAGGGUGUUCAUCGACUCCGAGGAGCUGGCCAGCGCUCUGCACUUCAAGAAACACAUCGAGGUCCUGCACUAUCUUCUGCAGCUCUGGCCAGUGGUGGACCCACAUGGCAAGACGUCAUCCCCUACCCCGGAGCCCCCCGCCCAGGCCGGCCCGCUCUCGGCUCCCCCCUUGCGCAGGAGGAAGGAGCGCCCCCAGGUGCUCAACCUGAGCGAGGCCGAGAUGGCCGGCGUGCUGCGGCCCCGGCCGGGCCGCCUGGACAGCCCUAGCAACCGCUACGCCGGCGACUGGAGCUGCUGCGGGGAGGGCUACUUCCCCCCCGCUGCCGCGCCCAGGGACGAGGCCGACUAUGACGACGUCCCCUCCGAGGACAUGGAGGUGGCCGAGGACGGAGGCCAGGACGGGGGCCCGGACGGGGGCGAGGAGAGCCCCCAGGGAGGACCGGAGGUCGCGGCCGGGCCGGACGAGCCCCCACCAGGCGUGGAGGCGAUGGAGGGAGGAGUGGAGGAGGAGAAGGCCGAGGAGGAGGUGGAGCAGGACGAGGGGGAGGAGGAGGGCGAGAGCGACGGCUCCGCCGGCCGGGACACGGCGUGCGACCAGGACCACAUCCUGCCCCCUUGCACCGCCAGGGAGCACGCGUACCAGGCCUACAUGAAGAUCCAGGACAACCCCGUGCUGAGCCACCGGGUGAACCUGCGAGACCUCCAGGAGAGCAUCGACACGCUCAUAGGCAACUUGGAGAGGGAGCUGAACAAGAACAAGCUCAACGCGGGCUACUGACUCCCUCGCACACGCACGCACUCGCUCUCACACCGCCCUGCUGAAGAAGAGACUGAACUGACGAAGGCGCUCGAGUUAAGCGUUAUGGGAAAAGGCGGUCAGCGUUUUCAUUCCCCCCCCCAACAACAGACAUUCCUGUUUGCGGUUGACGUGUGUCGACCGUCGCCGUCAGACGCGGCUCCGUCGGUUGGGGCCUCAUCCACUGUCGUUUACGGUCGCUUUCUCUUCUUAUUAGAAGAAGUCAUUGACCCCGAGGGGUGUUAACGGUGCCUUAAUUGUGUGAAGGUGGUGCUUUUAAGGCAAGGGAGAGCUUCUCCGUCAAGGUACGGCACGUUUUUUUUCGAUAUACAACAAUGCACUUAUGAGGCAAAGUCACAGAUAUGACCUCCUGCUGGGGCUGGAGGUUGAACUGUGGUCGGGCCUGCCUGGUGGGUUCGUGUGCAGCCAGUACCCCGAGUACCUGCCGAUCACACGUACACACACACGUCUGCUCAAAUAUGCUGAAUAUAAACAUAUGGGAGAUGUCGCCGACUUGCAUGGACAGGUACGGGGGAGUUCAACCUCAAGCGAGCAAGCAGAAACCGUUUCAUGCGGCGUCACAUUUAGAGUCACGAGUGAAUCGGUGCAAAGACCCCUGAUAACGCUUUGAUAUGUUCUAUUUUUUUUCUUCCUCACCCCCCUCACAUACCCUCCCCCCCCCCCCCCCCCCACCCACCCCGCCUCAAAACCUCCCACAUGUUUUGACAGACUGUGAUCACCUGCUGGUGCACAAAGGCAAAAGCCAAAUAUGAGAGACUCGUUCCGAGUGCGCUGUGUGCGUCAGCGACGCUUCACAGAAAGAGUGACAGCGCGGAGAAGGACGUUGGCUUGUAGUCCAUUGCCUAAAAACAAAAACAAACAAAAAAAAACAUACAAGUUUUCAGCUAUCCAGGGAUUCAGUGUGAUCAGUAUUUAACAAAUGUGUAUAUAAAUGUAUUUGGAGUCUAUAAUUUUUUACAGCUUAUUGUUCCAUACAGGCUUAAAUGCUCACAGUUACCUUGUAGUAUUGACUCGUAGUAAGAAUAUCAAACAGGGCUUCUCCUCUAAUGCUACCUGUACACAUCUUAAAUGUGCUGGAUUCAUGGUACACCUUUAGCUAUACAAUAUGAGAAGAAAAAAAAACACGUUCUUGCGAAACGAGAUAUUGUUAUUUUUGUUAUAUUUUGUACAUAUUCGGUGUCUUUCUUCGUCUUGGCUGUGUUCAUAUUUGUGUGAAAGAGGUACUGAACGCUGCAUGGUUGAAAGCUUUACUGACAGAAACAAGUCAAAUGUCUCCUUUCCUUUGGUUCUUGAUGCGCUUACUUGCGGAGAGGCCAUUUUCAAACGUGUCGUUUACCUGGUUACAGUUACCCACAUAGCCUAGAUUAACCAAGAGCUCAGCUAUCUGCUACUGUAUACCGCUUCUAUGACUAAAAGAUGGAAAAUCAUUAGGUUAGACCCUGAAGCGACUGUAGCCCUUUUCUCAAAUGGGGUCAGUGCAUUUGGGUUAAAUUUGCAUGGUGCCGGCAGCGGUGUGUAAUAGUCCUGCAGGUCUUGUCUCCAGCGACUUGACAUUCAGCGUGAAACCGGCCAGCCACCUGUCUUCCCCUCACAAGCCCCACUCCAACUCAAGUAUUGUCCCCCCCCCCUCUCUCUCUCUCUCUCUCUCUCUCUCUCUCUCUCUCUCUCAUCGAUGCAUUCCUCCCUCUCCUCCCUCCCCCCAGUUCUCUCGACCCUACGGCUGUCACGUCGGCAUGUACAUGUGCACAUCACUGUUUGCGUGGACGCCAGACCUUUUUCGUGUGCGCGCGCGCGCGUCUUGUCGUUUGUGUCCUGUCUGUCGCGGAAAAAGAAUCCUAUGAUGAAAGCGUCACGAAACGAUAUUACUUUGUACUGAUCUUGAGCAAUGUAUGGUCAUAAUAAAGUAUAUAUUUCACACGUGGCCCCGAGUCGAAUUGAUCUCUACAUUGUGUGUGUGUGUGUGUGUGU